AUGACUACCUGGGCGCAGCCUGCACACCAUCCGUGGUUCAAAAUGAACUCGCUCAAGCGAAAACAGUCCCCCGACGACGUCGACGACGCGCUGCCGAUCGCGUCGACGCCGACGCGGCGGGACCACAAGCGGCGCAGGUGCACGGGCCUCGAGCGCGGCCUCGCGGGGCUCACGCUCAGCAU